ACCCUACUGUGCGCUACACUUUGAUAUUAUGAUUGUUAGAUUAAUAAUCCACAACACAAAAACGCGUACAAGGAGUCAAGUGUACAACGGGUUUGUGGUGUUAGUAAAUAGUAACCUACACACACAGUGCAUCGGAUAGGUGUAUUUAUCCGAUUCCAUUUACCAAAUACACUUUUGGCAGUUUACAUGGCAAAUCUGGUGUUUCAACUAUGAGAAUAAAGAUUGGCAGCUAAUGAGAGAAUAUAACAUUGGGCAAAGAAAUACGACUUCCUCUGACGUAAGUCUCCCAUCCCUCCCUUCGUUAGUGAGCAUCUGCACUGCUAACUUGAAAACCCAUUUUUGCUCCUGCACUCUGGAACAGUUUGAAGCUUCUUCUGUUCUGCCUGGUUGUGGCUGCGAGUGAAUAUGGCAAGUGAACGUCAAGAUGUGGACAAAGAGUUUGAAGAGUGGAAAGAAGAACAUGGGAAGAAGUACAAAUCCAAGGAGGAGGAAGCCAAGCGCAAGAAGAUCUGGCUAGAGUCUAGGACCAGAGUCAUAGAACACAACAAGAAGUAUGACAGUGGAGAGUCAACCUACGAAUGUGGCAUGAACCACAUGUCUGACUUGGAAACGCAUGAGGUCUGCUGUGGUGGCAUGAGGUCUGCUGUGGUGGCAUGAGGUCUGCUGUGGUGGCAUGAGGUCUGCUGUGGUGGCAUGAGGAGCUGUCGGGAAGAGAAGAAUGAUAGUUAGAUCUCAAAGUUUCUGUCUUCCUGCAAAAUAAGAAAGAAAUAGUUUACCAAACCUUUGAACUUUACACAUUUUAAUUUACAGUAAAUAAAGUUGAAAGGCAGCUUUA